AUGCCGAACGGGAAGCUUUCGAAACCAGCAUCCACUGUUCUGGUGCGGUCUCAUUCCCCCUUCGACUCCAUUCAAGUGCAUCGUCAAAAUCCCGAUUCGGCGAUCAAACACGGAUUCCUUUCCCCGUCCGAUAUCUCUGAUCGCUGCUAUUCUCCUAUCCUUCUUUGCCACACUGCCUGCCGCCAGGUGGAUGGAGCAGGGAAUGCCGAAUCCCGCGUUAAUCCAAUCGUCGGUUCCGAUCAUCCAGCAGCAGCAGCUCCUCUCCACCACGAGGUGCCGUUGGAGCUAUCCGCGCAUGACACUCAGGGAUUGACUUCAUGCUUGCACCACUGCAUCGGGUGCUAUAGAGUGGCAGAUAAGGUUUCUGAUCCUGCGAUCAAUGACCGCUGGACUAUCCUCUUUGCAUGGGUCGCCGAUUGCAGAGAAUAUUCUGCUGCCCAUAGCCAAACAUUGGUAGUCGAUUACAGAUCGCUGAUACAUGCUACUCUCUCGGGUCUAGACCAUGCGAUAUGCUCUACCAAUGUUGACCCCACCACUACCACUGCUGACAUGGAUGCACUCGACUCGGUUUUCCACUUCCGUCGGGAUGCGGCAGGGAUAUCAUGA